AUCUAUAAGAAAAACACAAUGGCUUCUAACACAAGUUUACUCUUCGUCACCGUCACUCUUCUCCUCAUCCUCAACGUCUCCUGCAGCAGGACACUCCCAGCAGCGUUGGCAGGCUCCACCAGCAUUGCGGCGAGGCUUACCGGAGGAGGACUGAUGCAGUGUUGGGAUGCACUCUACGAGCUGAAAUCUUGCACUAACGAGAUCGUUCUCUUCUUCCUCAACGGGGAGACCAAACUUGGCACCGGUUGCUGUAACGCCGUUGACGUCAUUACCAACGAUUGCUGGCCGGCGAUGCUUACUUCUCUUGGCUUUACAUCUGAGGAAACCAAUGUCCUCCGUGGUUUCUGUCAAUCUCCGACUUCCGGCGGUUCUUCUCCGGCUCCUUCCCCUGUCAACGUUUGAUACAUUUUCCUCCCUGGUGUAUGCGGACAUU